AUGAGUGCUAUUUACAAACUUUCUAUCCAGGGGAUUAGAUCAUUUGACUCUAAUGACCGGGAAACAAUUGAGUUUGGUAAACCCUUGACGCUAAUCGUGGGGUCCAAUGGGUCUGGGAAGACCACCAUUAUUGAAUGUUUGAAAUAUGCCACUACUGGAGAUUUACCGCCAAAUAGUAAAGGUGGUGUUUUUGUUCACGAUCCCAAGAUUACUGGGGAGAAAGAUAUUCGAGCGCAAGUGAAGUUGGCUUUUACUAGUGCUAAUGGAAUUACUAUGAUCGUAACCAGAAAUAUUCAACUAUUAGCAAAGAAGACUACGAACACUUUUAAGACGUUAGAAGGACAGCUUGCUGCGAUUAAUCAAAAUGGUGAUAGAACGACGUUAAGUACAAGAUCCAUCGAGCUAGAUACACAAGUACCCUUAUAUUUGGGAGUUCCCAAAGCAAUCUUAGAAUAUGUUAUCUUUUGUCACCAAGAGGACAGUUUAUGGCCAUUGAGCGAACCAUCCAAUUUGAAGAAGAAGUUUGAUGAGAUUUUUCAAGCAAUGAAGUUUACCAAGGCAAUUGAUAAUUUAAAAGCUAUCAAAAAGGAUAUGACAGUCGAUAUUAAGUUAUUGAAACAAUCGGUGGAACAUUUAAGAGUAGAUAGAGAUAGGUCCAGAGGCACAAAGAUGAAUAUUGUUCAAUUGCAGGCACAAAUAGAUGAGUAUCAAAUGAAAGUAAAGGAUGUUGAAAUUGAACUACAAAAGAUAACAGAACAAUCUGAUAAACUAUUUAAAUCCAACCAAGAAUUUCAACAAGUUCUGUCAAAGAUUCAAAACCUGAGAAUGUUAGAUAAACAUUUGAAGGAAGAAAUUGAAAAUGUCAGCAACUCUGUGGAACUCAUUUCAUUACCAAAGCAAGAGUUGGAAGAAUUACUUGCCAAUUUUUCCAAAUCAUUCGAUGAAAAUGAACAAGAAGUAAAAAAGAUUGAAGUUGAAAUUGAUAUUCUGAAGAGGGACGCGAAUCAAUCCCAAUCUAAAUAUACUGGCUUAGUAAGGAAAAUGGGUGAAUUACAAGCAAGAGAAGAGGCGUAUAAGAAAAAUGUGAUUACAUUAGAGUCAUUAUCUAUGGCAUUUUCUGAUCGUUAUAAUUUAGGAUAUGUGGGAAACAAACCUCAAGAAUUUUUUGAGAAAUCUAAGAAAUUUAAUGAUGACCUUAAUACCUCAUUUUCGAAUUUUGAAAAGGAAUCAAGAAAUCGUUUAAAAUCUUUAGAAAACGAACUAUCUGAAAUAACUAACUCCGAAACGAUUCAAAACCAAAGAUUAGAAUAUAGUAAAGCUGACCAACAAAAAAUAUCUGCUGAAAUUGAAAAAUUAACUUCAGAGUUGACAAUUAACGAGUUUACUCAUUCGGAUCUGGAAGCUGCGAAAGCGAAAUUAAACCAGUAUAAUGAAAAACUGACUUCUUGGGAAAAUGAUGAUAUCAUUACUAAACUGAAUUCAACUUUGAAAGAAAAAAAUGAUCAAAUGAUAAUCGCAGAAAGUGAUCUUCAACAAAUACAGGAACGCAUAAUGAAAACUAAUCAGCAAGCAGAUUUAUUCGCUAAGCUAGCAUUGAUUAAAGGCUCUCUAAAAGAAAAGUUACAUUCAUUGGAAAAAGUAACUGAAAAGGUUACUAAUGAUGAAAGGGCUCGUAACUGGAAGUUAACAGUUCCUGAUGAUCUUGAUAUGGAUUUCAAAAGGUUUUAUAUUAACCUACAAAAGGAGAUUGCUGUCAAUAACAAAAACAUACACGAGAAAGACAAAUCAUACACAGAAGCAAAUAUAAAACUAACGAACGCUCAGAAAGAAAUAGAAAAUUCGAAGGAGACGGAGCAACGCCUUAUAACUGCAUUACAAUCUGCACUACCUGAAGAUUGUUCCAUUGAUGAGUAUGAUGAAGUAGUACUAGAAACAGAACUAUCUUACAAGACAGCUUUAGAGAAUUUAAAAAUGCAUCAAACAACAUUAGAGUUUAACCGAAAGGCGCUGGAGAUUGCUGAACGAGACAGUUGUUGUUAUCUUUGUUCGAGGAAGUUUGAAACUGCUGACUUCAAAAGCAAACUCCUACAAGAGUUGAAAGCCAAAACAGAUGCCAAUUUUGAAACUACCUUGAAAGAUACAGUCAAAGAAGAGAAGGAAUACCUAGAUAGUCUGAGGGCCUUAGAAAGAGAUGUAAUCAAGCUUCAUUCAACCCAAACGAAUUCCAAGAACCUCGGCAAUGGACUUACUUCACUGGUAGAGCAUGUAUCUAGCCUAAAAAAGGAGUUGGCUAAAGUAGAAGAAAUCGGGAACGGAUUAAAAGAAGACAGAGACCAUUGUGAGAAAGUGCUACGACCACUUGUUGAUCAAGUUGCUCAAUUAAGGAAGGAAACUAGAGAUUUAGAAAAGGAAUCUCAAGACCUAUCCGAGGAAUUACAAAUAUAUGGCGAUUCUGAUGGCGGUGUUCAAACUGUAGAUGAGCUAAACCAACAGCAGCAAGAUAAGAACAAUUUCAUGCGUCAGUUGAGAAAAGAUAUUCAAGAUUUACAAAAUGAACGUGAGUCAAAGAUGAGAGAGCACUCGACGUUACUAAACGUAAUUAAGGAUCGUAAUUUAAAAAUCAAUGAAAUAGAAAGGGUAUUACAAAGAAAGCAGAAUAUUGAUGAUGAUCUCCAUUCAAAGAACGCCGAACUGAAAGAAAUACUAUUAAGAAUUCAAACGUUAAAGACUGAGCUUAUUGAACUAAGAAAUAAAAAGCAAGAACUGUCCAAAGUUUUAAACAAUGAGAUGGAACGUUUUUCUGGGGAGAUGGAGGCCAAAAGGAAAAAUUUGGGAAGCAUAACCAGCUAUUUAGACCGUAUUUCUAACCUAAAACAGGAGGUCUCUGAGUUCGAUAAUAGUGGUGCAAAAGACUUAGGAAUGUGUAUCCAGGAAUCUGAAGACAUACAAAAAGAAAUUGCAUAUAUCACUAAAGAUAUUGAAGUAAAACAGAACCAUUUAAAUAGUAAGAAAGAUAAACUAAAGGAUUCCAGUAAUGAAAAGAGAAAUCUUGAACAAAAUAUUCAUCUAGCCAAUCUCCGUGCGAAAUUAAAGGAAACUGAGAAUGAUAUAUCAAGGUUAGAUAUUCAGAAUGCAGAAGCUGAACGAGAUAAAUAUCAACAAGAAUCGUUACGUUUAAGGAAUUUAUUCGAAAAACUAAGUGCCGAAAAUGCUGGUAAACUUGGUGAAAUCAAGCAACUACAAAGUCAAGUCGACUCAUUGUCUCAACAGUUACGUUCUGAUUAUAAGGAUGUGGAUGAAAAAUAUCAUAAGGAAUGGGUAUCCCUACAAACUAGGACAUUUGUUACGGAUGACAUUGAUACAUAUUCUAAGGCACUGGAUAGUGCAAUUAUGAGAUACCAUGGCUUAAAAAUGCAGGAUAUUAAUAGAAUCAUUGAUGAAUUAUGGAAGCGCACUUAUAGUGGAACCGAUAUUGACACGAUUAAGAUACGAUCUGAUGAGGUAAGUAGCACUGUUCGUGGAAAGUCAUAUAAUUACCGUGUGGUUAUGUACAAGCAAGAUGCGGAACUUGAUAUGAGGGGGCGAUGUUCUGCUGGACAAAAAGUUCUUGCCUCCAUCAUUAUUAGAUUGGCACUCUCGGAAACCUUCGGCAUCAAUUGUGGGGUUAUUGCCUUAGAUGAACCAACCACCAACUUAGAUGAGGAAAACAUUGAAAGUCUAGCAAAAUCAUUGAGUAAUAUUAUCGAAAUGAGAAGACACCAAAAGAAUUUUCAAUUGAUUGUUAUUACUCAUGAUGAGAAAUUUCUCAAUCAUAUGAAUGCAUCUCAAUUUACGGACCAUUUCUUUCAAGUCAAAAGAGAUGACAGACAAAAGUCUCAAAUUGAAUGGGUAGAUAUUACUAAAGUGGCGGAGUGA